AUGAACGAAGGGGUCGAGAAGAUCUAUAAGCCGCGUUUCAGAGUCGUCGGGAUCUUCACGCAUUCGCAAAUUUUUUGCUUCGUGGCACUGAAGCGGAAAGUUUGGGUUGGGGACUGGUUGCAUAGCGUGAGGGAGUCGCAUAGUAUUAAAGUCGUUGGGUCUUUCAGCCUUUGGCUGCUGCGACAUGACUGGAAGGGGAAAACUGGAGAGGUUAUUACUGAGUUGUGUAGGCAAUGGGAGACAGAGAGGUAA